GUAGAAGCACACAUCAAAACUGAAGGAAAGAAAAAUAUCCAACAAAUAAAAAAUUUUGACUUUUACCUCGUCCGCUGCAAGGUGUCGUUUUUCGUUUGUCGCUGUCUCGUCGCAAAAAGUUUCCGCACACAAAUCAUUCUUCAGAUUCUGGGAAAACUUGUGAAAUCUUCAAAAAUCUAACCAAUUGCAUAUUUCAUCAGCAUCAAAAUUCCCCAAUCAAGAACCAACAAAAUGCCCAACGAAACAAUAAAGAAGGUGCAAGACUACAAAGACAGCCUGGUCAAGAAGGCGGAACAACUAAUUUUCCAGGGCUUCCCCGAGAAAAUUGUUGAACUCAAUGAAAUGCUUGCCACGGACAUGUUCUGCGAACGCAACUUCAACGAGGUCCACCAAGAUUUGAACAUUCCAGUUCCUGAGCCGAUUGCUGUCAAUCAUGUGGAUGACGCUGUCGCCGAUGAUCCACCAUCUGCCAAGAGACCACGCAAUGACUUCUGUGUGCCCGGAACUAAGGUGAUGGCUCUGCCAACUGGUACAGUGCCCUGCAACGCCCCUCUAUGCGAAAUGAUUAAAAUUGUCAAACCCAUCAUCAGGAAACUAGUUGAAGAUUCGAAUCUCCUGAAAAUGUGGAUUUCGUUCCUGAUACCGAAAAUCGAGGAUGGUAACAACUUCGGAGUGUCCAUCCAAGAGGACACUCUGGCCGAGAUCCAGGCCGUGGAAUCGGAGGCAGCCGCAUUCUUCGACCAGAUUUCUAGAUAUUUCCUCUCGCGUGCGAAAGUCGUCUCCAAAGUAGCCAAGUACCCGCACAUCGAGGACUAUCGGCGAGCCGUGGUCGAGCUAGACGAGAAGGAGUACCUCAGUUUGUGGUUGGUAGUGUGCGAAGUGAGGAAUCGCUACUCCUCGCUGCAUGAUAUCGUCAUCAAGAAUCUGGAAAAGCUCAAGAAGCCCAGAUCCUCCAAUGCAGAGAGCUUAUACUAAGACGACGAAGCUGGCUGGAUAGCCCCAAACAUCAACCAUCCAACCAACUACACCACCCCACAACUCAGAAGAAGAAAAGACUCCAUCAUUCUAGCGAUUGGGACAAUCACACGUCCAACGUGUGCCAUUCCAAGUCGUUGUUGUGGACAAAAUCUGCAAAACGAAAGAAACUUCUCCUUCUUUCAACUCUAUUUUUUUUUGUAUCCCAAAAGAAGUUAACAUUAAGACGUAGAAUUUUGAAUUUAUCAUUUUUUUCCAACUCUUCUUCAAUUGUAUGCAUAAUUAUUUUUUACUCAUUAGAAGAGCAGUUAUAAAACAGUAAUAAACAAAAUAAAAUUAUAAACAAACAAAAACAAAAAUAAAGACGAAACAUAGCCUACGGUGA